UUCCCACUUUCCUUAAAAUGGGAAAGUAUUUCCAAGUUUACCGUCCACGUAGGAUUGCUUUGAGAAAAUUUUUUUUUUUUUUUUUAAUAAAACCGCUACAUGAAAUGGCGGUUUUAUUCAUGCAUCUGAAGUAAAACGCCAUCUGAGAUGGCGGUUUGGUUAAGUGAAUUUUUUUUUUUAAAAAAAAAAAAAAAAUUAAUAUGUGGAGUAAACCGCCACUUGAAGUGGCGGUUUGGUAUCAAUACAAAACAGCAGCUUCCUUCGACAUUUUUCACAAUUCAUUUUGCUCUUCUUGCUUCUUGCCGGUAUAACCCUAAAAAAAAAAAUUUCUUCACUCUCAUUUACUUUAAAUUUACAAUUACUCUCAUUCCACCAAACUAAUCAACUACAUUCCCAUCUUCUCCUUGUGUACUAGUUUAUUUUCAUCCUCAUUUAAGCUACUAGGGGUGAAAUGAACUUUCUAACAAGAUCGACAACGGGACGAGCAGAUGACAUGGCAGCCUUACACAGCGGCUAAGAUGGAAGCUUUACCGCACAUAUGUACAUCGGGCCACGAGAUUUGGAGAUCGCGUUGUCCUCUUAUUUGCUUUGACAUCGUCGAGCUACAUCUACCGGAUCGUGUCAUGCGUCAAUUCGGUUUGGAGCAAGUAAUCCCGCAAGCCUGUGACACCCAACCUCAACUACAUGCGAUCGAUCGGAGGACUGGGGACAAGAACUACCUCGUACGACAUAGAUCGCAUGUAGAUGCGUGGAACGACCGAGCAUCUACAUUGGUUGGAGGAGAUAACUUCACAGGUCAUAGCUCUGCUAUGUACAUGAGUUGGUAUAGGCGCAUCUCGAUAUUACGCCUAACGAACACCGCAUUUGCGCAGCCAGGAUCACAUUACCAUCCGACAUCUACGUUUCUGGCUGAGCGCAUCCGAUCGGUGCUCAUACAAUGUAAUGACACGAUUCAAGGGGCCGCUACAUCGCCAGUUGACGUGGGGUAUCGGCUAUGUUCUCAGACCUUAGGCUCCAUUAACGCGUCGUUGACCGAUGCAUUGAGUCAAGCGGGUUAUGAGUACCUCAUAACGACUCCACCCGUCAUUGGCGAGGUAGACGACGCAUUCCACACUCCUUCUCCAAGGAGUUCAGCCCAUCGAGGUAGCUCUUCCGGAGGAUCCAGUUCUCGGUCCACAAGAGGCCACCAGCGUUCAUCUACUCGAGGUCGGUCUUCCAGAUCGCUAUCGACAUCCGCUACUAUGUCGCCGUUCGUUCCCCCGUCUUCCAUCAACACUCCUCCUCCACAUCCAUCGCCUCCGCAAAGGAUUAUCACAUAUCAGCGUGCUAGUCAACGACGAGCUCCUGCUCUUAAUGUCAUUGCGGAGGUUGACGAGUUCACACCAUCAUCAUCCACCAGUGCGCAAAACAAAAGGGGCCGGGGGUUGUAGUUUAACAAACUUUGUAUAUUCUUAUAUGACUUGAACUUCUUGUAUGAGUUUCCAUAAUUGUAAUAUAUCUUUGUAUUAUUUUCAUAUUUAUUUUUUUUAGAACAAGCCGGUUCGUAAUUGAUUAUUAUGGAAUUGAUGGUAUUGAACUACUUUAAUGCAUGUUGCG